AUGGCGACGGGCGGCGCCGUUAUCGUCAGCAGCUCAUUUCAGCAUCAUGAAGUGAUUUCUUCUUUGUCUAAUCAGCAGCAACGAAUUAGGUUCUCUGAUUCUGUGAUACCUGGAUCAAUCAUUUUCCCACUUUCUGGUAUUGCUUUUAUUGUAAUGGAGAUCGAAUAUUUCUGCAAUAGUUCUCAAGAAACAAAGCUGAUGGAGCAAAUUGAACAAUUUGUUCACAUUCAUCGCAACAGUUUUUUGCUUUUGGCUGCUGCCCUUUAUGGUGUGAAAGAAUGGGAAAUACUAUUUAAAAUUCAACAAAGGUUUUUGGGUAGUAAUCUGAGAAUCAUCCCUGCACACAAUUCUGGUGAUAUGGUCAAGAGUAUGCUGACUAUAGCCAAGGUUACAUGUAAACCACACGUGGACAGUGUUCGUGACCGCAUCGCCAUGAUCAGAGCUCAGAUCAUAGAACAUAGUCCUGUUUGGGAGAUGCUUCACAAGCGACAGCUGAAUGAUGUGUAAAGUGAGCAAUUAUGAAUGUGAUGUUAUUACUGCACAGUGCUUUGUGGUCUAUAAAACUAUUUAGAACUAUUUUCAGUCAAUUAACU